AUGGCAGAUUUACCACGAUCUUCUGAGGCCGCUCACCCAGACUCUUCCCACCAUCUCUCUGCUCUACUAUCCUCAUACACCGGUCUCUGGCCCACUCGUCACCUAAUUUCAACCUUCCAGGACAUCUACAAGUCCCUCCCAGAAUCCCUCAAGGCCAAUAACAAUGAAUCAAUUACCAGUCUCCGUGCACAGGUCAAAGCAGCCACACCCAGCGUUGCAGAACUAAUAGGGACAGACUCCCGCCCCGGCCUAAUUGAUGCUAAUACCGGACGGCAUUUGACACAUAAUGCCAUCCGGCAGUUCUUAAAGAAUUUUAAGAUUCCCGUGGGACCUUCCCGUCAUGGAAAGCCCCGCAUCGCUGUCAUUUUGCCUAACGGCCCUCUUAUGGCAUUGGCUGUUCUUUCUUUUGUCAAUAGGUAUACCAUUGUCCCUAUGACAACGAACACGGUGCCAGAGCAGCUGCACGUGGAUAUAGAAAAUGCGGGAGCUGAUGCUGUUGUCGCGCUGGAUGCUGACGUUGGCAAGUUGCAGUUGAACAAUGGUAGUCGGCCAGUGUUUGGCAUUGAGCAGCUUGAAGACAUGACUUUCCGGGUGGUCUCUGCAAAGAAUGCCUCUAGUGCAUGUGAGGUCCACCCCAAUUCUGGGGACGACAUUGCCAUUAUCCUGUUUACCAGUGGUACCAGUGGUACUAAGAAGCUGGUCCCCAUCACAACUUACAACCUCAUUGCGGGUACUAUGGCUACCAUCGAGUCGGUGGAACUGUCCGAGACAGACACAUGUCUAAAUAUGAUGCCGUUGAAUCAUGUUGGUGGCAUCAUGCGCAGUAUCUUCUCCCCAAUCCUUGCCGGCGGUGCUACAAUAUGUUGCCCAUCGUUUGACCCCAGCAUGUUCUGGGAUGCCGUGCAAACCCCUCAUAUGACACCAACCUGGUAUUACGCCACACCCACGAUGCACCAAAUGUUUCUGGCGGAAGCCGAGCACCGUCCUGAUGCUGUCAAGCAAAGCGCAAUUCAGUUCAUCUGCAACGCUGGUGGUGGUCUUCCUCCGACGCUUGCUGUGCAGCUUCAUAAUACUUUCCAUUGCGCUGUUCUCCCCAGUUAUGGCAUGACUGAAUGUAUGCCUAUUGCUGCGCCGCCGAGGAACUAUAAUCUUGAUCGCGAGGGGACAUCGGGAAGAAUUGUUGGUCCUGAAGUUGCAAUCCUGACCGAGAAUGGCGAGCCUGUCUCGCAAUAUGGGAUGCUCGGGCACAUUUGCAUUCGCGGAUCACCCGCUUUCGAGGGGUAUCUGACUCCCGAGGGCAAGAUUGAUACCAGUGCAUUCAAUGAAGCUGGUUGGUUUGAUACUGGCGAUCUUGGACACCUCGAUGCCGACAACUACCUCUACAUCACUGGCCGCAGCAAGGAGGUCAUCAACCGUGGUGGCGAAAUUAUAUCUCCCGUCGAAGUUGAAAACGCCGUGCUGACCUCGGCCAAGGAUCCCGGAUCCCCACUGUAUGGUCGCGUCACCGAGACAUUAGCCUUUUCUGUCCCAGAUGAAGUGCUACAGGAAGUCGUCGGGGUGGUUAUCGUCACACCUCCGGGCUUCACUAGGCCAGAUCUUCGCCAGAUACACGAAGCCCUGCAGCCUAUUAUCCAUCAACCUAAGUGGCCGGCUCUGGUAGUAUACAUGGACGGUGUGCCGAAAGCGAACAACAAGAUCCAGCGCAUAAAGCUUGCAGAGAGGUUGUCUCUGGAGACCUUGACCACGACCACGCCCCUGGCAAACCGACACUAUGAAGCUGUCUGCCCACCCACUGGGGCUCCGCUCACUGCAUUGAUUCCGAAGACAGCCUGUGUCAUCGAUGAUAAAAUUAUUCGCUCGGUCAUUACCAAGAAGGAGAGUACCGCUGAAGUGCACGUACAAAUAAGCCCGCGUGACGGGCUUGCGCAAGUUGCUUUGUUUGUCCAGAACCCAGAUGAUGACCAUGUGACGCCCGCAGAGCUUCUCAGCCAGCUUGAUGGCUACCUCAUCCCUAGCCGCAUCAUUCCCCUCAAAGGUCCCAUGCCGGUGGAUUUCUAUGGAAAUCCAGACCAGGCUGCUAUCAAUGAUGCCAUCCACGCCCGCAACUCGGAUGGUGACCUGUCACCCACUCAGCGCCGCGUGCGUGAGAUCUUUGCUGCUGCCUUGUCCUGUGCACCAGAGGAGGUAUCCGCUAUUACAGACUUUUUUGCUGCUGGUGGUGAUAGUCUUAGUGCUGGUCGUAUGGUUUCGCAACUUCGUCGCGAAUUCAAUAUCUUCCUCGCCGGUGACAUUCUCUUCCACCACAGCACCAUUGGAGAGAUAGAGCAGAAGAUAAUUGAAGCUGUUGAAGUCAAGGCUGCCAAGGGCGACGACGGGGAAGUUGAAUUGCCUGGGUGCGAGAAGACAUACAGCAGCACGAACCCGAUUAUCUUGAUCCUACACCUGUUCCCGACUGUGUUAUUUUUCCCCAUGAAGCGCGCCUUCCAGUGGAUGAUAUUUGCAUACAUCGUGGCCGAGUGCUCAAAUCGGUUCCCCGUUCGUGAUAACCUCAUCGGUCGUUUGAUGCUGGUUGUUUUUGCCGUGAUGUCUGCUCGCUUGAGUUCACAAGUUGUGUCACCAAUCCUUGCUAUCACAUUCAAGUGGCUUGUCAUCGGUCGCUACAAGGAGGGCAUGUACCCAAUGUGGGGCCCGUACCAUACGCGCUGGUGGUUAACGCAGAAGGCAUUGCAGGUGUGCGGAAAGGGCCUCUUCAACAAAUACAAUUGGUCCCGCAUCCUCUUCUAUCGUUUACUAGGAGCAAGGAUUGGAUGGAAUGUUACCAUGUCCGCAUCUGCUAAGCUGGGAGAGUAUGAUCUGAUUGAGAUUGGUGACAAUGUCGUUUUGGAUACUUGUCUUUGCCGUCCCUUCGGUGUGGAGCGCAACACGUCUAUGCUUUUGAAGCGCAUUCGCAUUGGCAAGGACUCAUCUAUUGGCAUCAAAUCGGUUGUUGCUCCUGGUGCUGAUAUCCCAGAGAGAACCUGUAUUGGUCCCAACUCGUCCAGCUGGGAACUCCAGGACGCCGAUGAGUCUAACCGCCAAUUACUUACCUCUCAGAUUCCCCAGCCUCACUGGUUCUGGGUUCUCAUUAUCGUGCAGCCAAUCAAGUUGCUCACCUGGAUGGCUGCUCGUGUCACUUGGAUGGGUGGUCUUAUUCCUAUGGUCCUCGAGUUCCCUACCCCCGCGGCCGACAUGUUCCGGUCUACCUUAGAUUGGUAUACCAGUGAUCAACGGAUUGCAUUCCAUAUUACCGCAAGAAUCUGUCGUGCUGUUGGCGGUCCGAUUGUGCUCUUCAUUGCUGUGUUGAUUAUAAAGUCUUUGCUCGAUCUCGUCUGUGGCAAGCCAAAGCCUGGUCCUGCAUCAAAACAGACCACUCGCCAAAAGGUGCGCAGUGCUGUACUUGCGCAGAUUCUACCUGCCGGUGACUUCCACGAGCUCACCCGCCUUACUGGUCGUCAUUAUGAAUUUGUCUCGAUGGCUGUCCGAGCCCUUGGGGGCAAAGUUGGCAAGCAUGUCUACUGGCCCAGUGUCGGUCCCGUCACUGUAGACUUUGAUCUUAUCGAGGUUGGUAACGAUGUUGUCUUUGGCUCUCGCUCGACUCUGGUCACAUCUGAUGGUUACGGUCGUGAUCGCAUCGUGAUUGGUGACGGCACCAUGGUUGGUGAUCGCGUCGUUGCUUUACCUGGUGCUACCAUCGGUCGUGAAGCCAUGAUCGGCUCUGGUGCUCUACUCCGCCGUAAUGGUGACUAUCCUGCCAACACUGUCUGGACUGGUAGCAAGGGCGGCGAGGCUAUACAGUUCCCAAGUUCUACUACCACCUCAACCUCUACUUCGACCGCCCCGACUAUCAUCGGAGACAGUAGCAGCAGCCCUAGCAGCGACAACGAAGAAGAGAAAACAAUUAACGAGAAGCAACCCAAGUUUGACAGUAAGAAUAAGAGCAACGCUGUCACUGAGAUUGCUGAGAAAGUCACCGAUACGUGCAAGCCAUUCGGUCGCGCCUUCUACCGCGGCGAAGCCAACUACUACGUCCUCCGCAUGUGGCAAAUUGUUAUCUAUUCUGUUUUUUCAGUUAUUGUCACCACUGUCUAUUGGCUGCUUACCGUCUUGUUCUCCCUUUUCGCUCUCCGUGCUGUCCUGGACUAUAGUGAUGCCGCUGGUUUCAAGCAGGGCGCCUGGCGGCCAUUCGCUCUCUACGGCCUUCUCGCCUCGAUUCUAUCUGUGAUCACCGCAGCUCAAGUUUUCCUCGCCUUUGGCAUUGUUCUUUGCAUUAAAUGGACGGUCGUGGGCCGUCGCAAGGAAGGUGCCUUCCACUGGGACAAGAGCAGUUACAACCAGCGCUGGCAAUUUCUCCUUUCUUGCGAGACGUUGAUCAAAGACUGUUAUGACGGAAAUGGUCUCCUACCCAUGAUAAGUGGCACCGCCUACAUUUCCUGGUACUACCGCCUCUUGGGUGCGAACAUUGGCAAGGACUGUGCAAUCCACGCCAACGGUAGUCCCAGCAUCUUCUUCACUGAGCCUGAUCUCCUCACACUUGGUGACCGUGUUGCUGUGGAUGACGCUAGUUUGGUGUGCCACUUGAACUCGCGUGGUGGAUUUGAGCUGCACACCUUGAACGUUGGGGACCGGAGUAUCCUGCGCGCUGGAUCACGGUUGAUGUCCGGUGCUUCAAUGGGCCAGGAUGCUUGUCUUUUGGAACAUACCCUGGUCCUUUCGGGUGACCAUGUUGAGAAUGGGGAUACGCUUCAGGGAUGGCCCGCUGAGGGCUUUGAAGGGAGACGUGUUUAA